GGGAUAACACCGGCGUGGCUGGACUGAGGUUUCCGGGGCAACAUUAGAGUAAAGACUUUACGUAUUUCCUGAACCAUACAUAUAUUUAUCCAUCUUUUUUGGAUUAACUGUUAAGCUUACGACUCCUGUCGCAAUUUAAAGAGAUAAUCAUAAAUAAUAAAUUUGACACAGUCGCAGAGGUUGGACAUUUUCAACGGAACAAUGGCUGAUCAGCUGACAGAGGAACAGAUUGCUGAGUUUAAGGAGGCGUUCUCACUCUUUGACAAGGAUGGGGAUGGAACAAUUACAACCAAGGAGCUUGGCACGGUGAUGCGCUCUCUGGGACAGAACCCUACUGAAGCUGAACUGCAGGACAUGAUAAAUGAGGUUGAUGCUGACGGUAAUGGGACAAUUGACUUUCCAGAGUUUCUUACUAUGAUGGCGAGGAAAAUGAAAGAUACAGAUAGUGAGGAGGAGAUCAGAGAAGCUUUCAGGGUUUUUGACAAGGACGGUAAUGGUUACAUCAGUGCAGCAGAGCUACGGCAUGUAAUGACCAACCUAGGUGAGAAGCUCACCGACGAGGAAGUGGAUGAGAUGAUCCGCGAGGCUGAUAUUGAUGGCGAUGGCCAAGUUAACUAUGAGGAGUUCGUCCAGAUGAUGACUGCCAAGUGAAGAGAGCGCUGAAACUUCUCAAUGUUGCUCGUCCCACUAAGAUUACCGUUGUUUAAGAACUAAAAAGCAGGAACAGUUAUCAAAUGUCGAACAUUUACCCUCUUCAAAAGUGAACAAAAAAAUAUCACUCACCAGUAGGAUUUUUUCAAUGUGUGCUUCAAAACAUCCAAAAAUACUUCUAAGGUGUCUGUUUAAAAAAAACUAAACAAAAAAACACCAACAGAAUAAUCCCUAAAGAAGUUAAAGGACCAAGCUUUAAGAGGGCCAAAGUCCUCCAAUUUCAGACCAAGAAUUUGCUGACUCACCCAGCUGCUGAUUAAUUUAGAGGAGAGAGCAACACCAGACAGGUAGAUGGAUAGAAAUUAAAUCUAUACUCUGUACAGAGAAGGUGGCUUUUUAAAUCUUUACAGAUAGUCUAUAACAAAGAAAACUGUCAUGCACAUGUGUUAGGUCUCUUUGGGAAAAAAAAAA